AUGGUGUCACAGGUGUUUCCAUCAUACUCCUCAGCUGUUGACAGCGCCAGAUUGAUAGAGGCGCGAGAAUUAGAGGACUUGACUGCAGGCCAGUCUAAGAGGCCUAGAGAAGAGGGUCAUUCUUUUAGGCAACAAGGAUUAAGUGCAGGUCCGUCUAGGGGACGAAGUGGCCGUCAGGGCUCAUGGGUUCAGAGGAGGUUUAGAAAAAGACCGUCAGUUAGUGGCUCAGGCGGUCAGAGUGGCAGUAGUGGUAUUCAGAGUUUAGUUCAGACUGCACCUCGUAGUUCAUUUGUUUCACCUGGUGAUAGUUCUUCAUGUCAGCACUGUGGAGGAGGUCAUACUAGUGCAGAGUGCUACAGAAGGACUGGGGCUUGUUUUAGUUGUGGCCAGAUAGGUCAUAAUAUCAGAGAGUGCCCGAGGAGACAGUUGUCAGCUUCGGGGUUAUCUGCUUCAGUCCAGCAUUUUAUUCAGGCACCAUCAACGAGCCAGUCUGUGGCUCAUGGGGGUAGAGGUUUUGGUGGCCGUGGUCAGAGAGGUCGGGGUGCAGGUGAUAGAGGUCAGAUACAGCAGGGUCAGGGGCAUGCCAGAGUUUUUGCCUUGACUCAGCAGGAUACUCAGGCAUCCAACAUAGUUGUUUAA